AGGCCCGAGCGGUAUGGUGCCCAACACUGGGCUGGUUUUGGCCCGGCCAGAGUGAAAGGAAAGGGAAAAGACGGGUUGUUAAAUUUCAGAAUUGUUGAAGAAAAUGGUUGUGAUUAGGGUUUAGGAGUAAAAAAUGGAAGAGGAGGAAGGAGAAAUGAAGAAGUUGGGCUGUUACGGAGGGAAGGUGAGAGUGUUGGAAUGGGAGACAGAAGCAGGUGCUGCGGAGGAGACGAUGCUGCUUUGGGGAAUCCAACAGCCCACUCUCUCCAAACAAAACGGCUUCGUUUCCCACUCUUCUCUCCAACUCCGCCUUGACGCUUGCGGCCAGUCUCUCUCCAUUCUCCAGUCUCCUUCUUCCUUGGGCAAACCUGGAGUAACUGGAGCAGUCAUGUGGGAUAGUGGAGUUGUGUUAGGGAAGUUUCUGGAGCAUGCUGUGGACUUGGGGAUGCUUGUUCUUCAAGGCAAGAAGGUUGUUGAACUGGGCUCUGGCUGUGGAUUAGUAGGUUGUAUAGCAGCUCUUCUAGGUGCUCAAGUUGUCCUCACCGAUCUGCCUGAUAGAUUGAGGCUACUUAAAAAGAAUGUUGAAACCAACUUGAAACAUGGAGUGCGGGGUUCUGCUGCUGUGAAGGAACUCACUUGGGGAAAUGACCCUGACAAAGAUUUGGUCGAAUCUCCACCUGAUUAUGGGGAUGUUGAGGUUCUUUUCCAUGAUGAUGGAAUAAGAGAAUGGAUUUUCUGGUGGCAGUGGAGUGUUCCAGACAUACUUUGUUAGGCAAAGUUCAAGUAUAGGAUUUAUUAUCACCCAUGCUUUCAUCAUGUGCGAAAAUGCCUACAAGCCAUAAACUACUGGUUUCAACUCCAACUAUGGCCGAUGAUUUUGAAUUUAUAAACUACAGAUAGGAAACGAGCAAUGAAAACAGAUGAAACUAAAACUUAUCUUCCGUUACAGAUAACUUACUAUCUUCCAUGUAUAUUCAUGUUAAGUUGUGAUAAAUCCAACAUUAUCACAUGAUAGGCUCGUUGCCCACAUUAGAGGGGUAAUGUUAAAUGAGUAUAAAGGGUCUAGAGACACUUGAUCUUACCUUUAAUUAAGAACCAAAGAUAUCUGUAACUUUGGAUCAUAACAAAUAAAUAGAGAAUUUCAUUGUCAACUGACGACGGCCGAUGUGUUGAAAUUUGAAUUGAUGUUGUUGAAGUCAGAAUGCUUAAUUCCCUAAAUAAACAAUUGGAAAUUUCUCAUGAUAUCAUAUAUGUUUGGUCAAAUUUAAUC